GUAGACUCACACCACCCACUAAUACCCUCUAUCAGGAACGUAAACGGCUGCGCGCUUUUACAGGCGACUCUCCGGGACGAAUAACCUGAAUCAUCUAACCUAACCGCCACCAUGGACGACGACCUGCUCCCCCCAGAAGACAAUGGCGACCUCCAAAUCGCCUUCAUCGAAGCCAGCAACGAACGCGCCCACUUCGUCAUCAAAAACUCCAACCUCGAGACCGCAAACUCGCUCCGCCGCACCAUGCUCGCCGAGAUCCCCACGCUCGCCAUCGACGUCGUCGAAGUCCUAGACAACACCUCCGUGCUCGCCGACGAAUUCAUAUGCCACCGCCUGGGUCUCAUCCCGCUCUCGGCGAAGGGAAUCGACGAGUUGCUCUAUUCGCGGGAUUGCGAGUGUGACGGGUACUGCGAGCUGUGCUCGGUGGUGUUGACGCUGCAGGCCAAAUGCGAGUCGAGCGACGUGAUGAAGGUGUAUGCGAGGGAUCUGGUCAUUACGUCGAGUAGAGGGAAUCAGCAGCUGGGGAAUCCCGUUUUGACGGACCCGGACAGACUCGGGAGCUGUAUAGUGAAGCUGAGGAGGGGCCAGGCGAUACAUAUGCGGUGUAUUGCUAAGAAGGGCAUCGCGAAGGAGCAUGCCAAAUGGGCGCCUACUGCCGCGGUGGGAUUUGAAUACGAUCCGGGGAACAGACUACGGCAUCUGGACUACUGGUACGAGGAGGAUCCGAAGAAGGAAUGGCCCGUCAACGAGCAGCAUCUCAACAUGGAUGGUGUCCCACCCCAAGAAGGGGAGCCCUUUGACUACGACGCCGUUCCCACCCGCUUCUUCUUCGACGUCGAGACGGUCGGUGGCAUGCCGCCCGACGAGAUUGUGACCAAGGGUAUCUCGACGCUACAGGAGAAGUUGGCAGCUGUUAUACAAGAGCUCAAGGGUGGCGAUGCCGGCGACAAUCUCGAUUUUGGAGGUGCGCAGAGCCCGACGAUGAACGGGAUGGGCUACGGAGGCCAGGAUGCUGGCUAUACGACUCCCUAUGGUGGGGGAGGCCCAAGUGCCACGGCGUAUGGUGGUGCCACUUCAGCAUACGGCGGUAAUCCUUGGUAGAUGUCAGUUCUAGUGUUUACAUGACACGUGACACAUGCCCUGUACAAAUCACGCUUCGAGGUGCAUGAUUGUGUCUAUGGGCUUCUGUCAGGCUGUAGGAUCAGGAUCAGAGUCUUUAUAACUAUAUAAGCAUUGGGUGGAGUUUCGGAUGGGCAAGGAGUAUCAAGAUAUUCAAAAAGGCCGUUUCAGCUUGAUUUCCUUGUAUAGAGAGAGAUAUGGCGAUUUCAUAAGAUGCAUCUUGCCUUAACGUAACUGAAGUAUCUCCCAUCACGAACUUGCAGGUUUGAUGAUAAGGGGUGGCUGAGAACCAUCUACUGCCUCGAUGCAGCGCUCUCCAUUCAGACAGCCUUGG